AUGAAUGACAAAGUAGACAAGCUAGUGAUCUUCCUGGCAAAAAGAGAUGGGAUUGACAAGCUUGUCAAAACCUUCCAAUAUGCCUCUAAACUCCUUGUUUGGCAUCUCGAAACCACCAAUCCAAACGCAGCCCAUCGAGCCAAACAGUGCGAAGUGGCAUCAGGGUUGAGCCGGAAAGCCUUUAGAACUGGCCGGUUUCUCACGGGCUUCAACGCCCUUAGGAGAAACCCUGGCCCAACCACGACUUACAGGGUUCUAUCGGUCUUUGCUAACGCAGGGGAAAUGGUCUAUUUUUUCUUUGACCAUUUUCUUUGGCUAUCAAGGACCGGAGUUCUAGAUGCAAAUCUGGCUCGAAGAAUGAGUUUUAUAUCAGCGUUUGGAGAAUCGCUUGGGUACGUGUUUUUUUGUGUUAUUGAAUUUAGUAUGAUCAAAGAAGGGAUUGAAGAAGAAAGAAGGAUUCGAAGAAGUUCAUUAGCAGAAUCAAAUGAAAAAGGUGAUGAAAUUAAGAAGAUUAGGGCUGAUAGAGUGAUGAGAUUAAUGGCUGUGGCUGCUAAUUUGGCUGAUUUGAUCAUUGGCUUAGCUGAUAUCGAGCCCAAUCCAUUUUGUAAUCAUGCUGUAACACUUGGGAUUAGUGGGCUGGUGUCUGCAUGGGCUGGAUGGUAUAGAAAUUGGCCAACUUGA